UUAAAAAGAAAUGCGCGGGAAUUAAUUCUGCUGAAUGGAAAUGCGCGAUUUAUUACUACUUAUAAUAGUUGUAAGUGCCUUUCCAUGUAGUUUUUUGUAACUUUUCCCCGGCGUAAGUACCAACAGAGCUAAGAUUUCUCCCUAAAAAUAUGUUAGGGUUUUCCAUCGUACGGUUGCCUAGGUAGCCACGGACGACAAAAUAUGUUUGGCGUAAACAAAUUGGUUCUCGUGAGAAGCUGAAUUAUUUUGUGAAAAUCAAUCGCAUAUGACAGUUCUUGUUAGUACAUGUCGGCAAUAUGACAUCUCUAGAUUUAAGACAACAGAAACUCGAACAGCAGAGGCAAUUAAUUGCACAAAAAAUGAAACAAAAACGACAAAGUGGCGCUGGUGGAAUGGUACAGGCAUCUAACAUAUCAAGCACUCAGCUUACAAGUCAUUCUACAAAAUGGAUGAAUCCAAACAAAGAGCUUCGAGGAUAUGAUGGGCCAUUACAGUUUAAUAUAUCACACACAAACCCAGAUUUAAAUACCUUUGCAGAAAAUAAGGAUGUGGAAUCAAGGAUUCAUGUAAGCACAGAAGGAGGUUUUUAUCAAACUAUGGAAGCUGCAGAUUGUGCAGAUGAAGAAUCGUCACCUAUAGAUAUACACUCUCCUUCGGAAUCUUUACCAUGUCCUUCACCUCUUAGAGUAGCUCCAUCAGAUGGUGCUAGCACACUUAUCAGUAGGGAGAAUAAUUCUUCAAGUCCAGAAUUAGAGGGAAACGUGGAAGGGAAUAUAGAGCAUUUUGUAUUACAACCAGCAAAUAAAAAAAUGCAUUACAAAUGUAGGAUAACACGUGAUAGAAAGGGUAUGGACCGUGGCCUCUACCCAACUUAUUUUUUACACUUAGAACGUGAUUAUGGGAAGAAGAUUUUCUUACUAGCUGGACGUAAAAGAAAAAAAAGUACAACAAGUAACUAUUUAAUUUCUACCGAUCCUACGGACCUUUCAAGAGCAGGCGAAUCUUAUAUUGGAAAAUUAAGAUCAAAUCUUCUGGGAACACAAUUUACCGUAUACGAUAAUGGAUAUUCAUUAAUGAAAGAUGAUAAAAGAGACGAUCGUUUUAAUCCCAGACAAGAAUUAGCGGCGGUAAUAUACGAUACUAACGUUUUAGGAUUUAAAGGGCCACGUAAAAUGACUGUCAUUAUCCCGGGAAUGACAUCGGAUCAAAAAAGAGUUGAGAUUUGUCCACGGGAUGAGUCCGAAACACUUCUUGAACGAUGGAAAACAAAAAAUAUGGACAACUUAAUAGAAUUACACAAUAAGACUCCUGUAUGGAACGAUGACACACAGUCAUAUGUACUUAAUUUCCACGGACGCGUAACUCAAGCGUCUGUGAAAAAUUUUCAAGUGGUACACGAUAGUGAUGUUGAUUACGUUGUUAUGCAAUUUGGCCGUGUGGCAGAAGAUGUUUUUACAAUGGACUACAGGUUUCCAUUGUGCACGCUUCAAGCAUUUGCCAUCGCUUUAAGUAGCUUCGAUAGUAAGUUAGCUUGUGAAUAAUAUAAUUCAUAAUUGAACAUAAAAAUGAUUAUACAUCUAUGGGCGAUAAACUACACUGGUUAGAAGAAUCCGCAAUGGACAAUCAACAGAUUGUAAUGAUGUUUUUCUACAAGCAUAUUCGUAACAAUAACUAUUCUAUUGAUAUCUGAUGUAAGGAUAAUCGGUAUAAAUCGUGUGUUCACUUUUCUUAUAUAUGGAUACUGUUUUUAAAUGCUAAACAUACAUUUCACAUUUGAUGCAUUGCGCCCAAGGAUUAAGAUAACAGUUAUAACUGUAUUGUUGUUGAUCCUAAUAUAUUGUGCUAUAAUGUGCAUUUUGAUUCAUAUUGCACAUGCAAUGUUUUAUUGUUAAUACUUGUAAUAAUAAUAUUGCCUAUAGACGUUCAGUGAUGAAUAAUAUACAUGGUAAAGAAUUAUAAUUUAAAAACAAACUGUACAAUCUUUAAUUUAUAUUUUAUUAAUUGUUUGCUCUCUUAUUCAAUAUUUGAAAUAUUUUAAACUAUGUUUGUGCAAUCAAAUGUCUGGUAUUUACAAGGUUCACAUUUUGGUAUUAUCAUGAUCAGGUUUUUACACAAACGAUAUUUUAUAACAAUGAUAUUAAUAUUGAUACACUGCACAAUUUACUGCCUAAACAGAUGAUAAUGAAUCUUUGUAUCAAAAGUAUAUGGAAUACAUAUAUGUCGAGUUAUUUUUAUGCUAUAUAUCUUUGCUUGAAGAUAUCAAGCACAUUUUACACUCAUGAUAAUAAAAUAACACAAAAAAUUAUAUGAGAAGUAAGAUUAAAGGUAAUAUUUAUCUGCAAUGUUUUUUAGAACUGACAUUAAGGAGAUAAAUGAUCAGUUAUUUGCAAACGGAUUUGUAUGUAAUUUAUUACUUUUUCUUAGAAUUGGGAAUAAUCUUACAAAUGACAAAUAUGUUUUUAUUUACAUGAAAAUAUGUUGUGUAUAGCUCCCAGUGCAUAAUAUUGUAUCUCACUGCGUGAAAAAUUUUUUAAUAUCUAAGUGCACUAGUCAAAGAUAUUGCUAUAGCAGUGUAACCACGAUUUCAGUGUACGUAUUAUAAUGGAUCUGUUAAUCAUUGUCUAAACGUAUCAUUCAAAAUACAUAUCAAGUAUUUUUAUUUGAUAUACAACUUAUUGUUCAAAAAACAUGUUAUCAUUGACAUAAAAUCCCUUAUAUUUAUAAAAAUACCAAAGAUAUGUUGAUACUUAUGUAUAAUGUAGAAUGAAUUCAUUAAAGCAUUGAUAAAAAUAUUUUUAUGCUGUGCCUUUACAUAACAUUAAUUGCACAUUAGGGAAUUGCAAAGAAAAACUUGACAAUUUUUAUUUCAUUAUGUAAAUCUUCAUCCAUUGAAUUCGACAUUUAUAAGCAUUUUAAUAAUCAUGUACUAUUUUCAUCAAAUUUACAAAAGGUAAAGUUCAUUAUUAUUUUAAAGUUUUGUAAGAUCAUUUAUUAGUGUGUUUUAUGCAGCUGGGAAUUAGAUAUAUAUGGUAUUAAAUGUUCAUAUAUAUAUAUAAUAAAAUAAGAUAAAAUAACAAAAAGUAAAGUGAGAUGUAAACAAAUGUAAAAUUGCAACAAAUUGCAACGCGAAAAACAACAUUAUAGAAGUAUUGGAGAAAAUUUGUAACUUUAUAAAUUUUAUACAUCUUAAGUUUUGUUUGUGAUAAAGUACUGCUAUUUAUAAAAAAUGAAUGUGUAUUUUAUCAAAGAAAGGUGCUACUGAAAGGAAAAUCAUUUUUAUCAAGAUAAAGCAAAACCAAUUUAAAUACUAUACAAGUAAACAGUAUUAAUAUUAUUUAGAAUGUCAAUUAGACAUUUUAUAAUUGUAAUAUUUCAUAUUGGACUUAUUUUUUACUUCAGUAAUGUUAAUACCAAAUAGCAUUUAAGAUGUAUUGAUAAUACUUUAAUUGCGUGUGAGUGUGCGUGUACACAUUAAAAAGUAAAAUCUGUAAUUAGCUUAUCAUGUUUAAUGUUGUGAAUUGAAGUGUUCAAUGGGUAUUAUAUUUUCAUCAAUCUGAAAAUAAAUACAAAUUGCAACUUUUUA